UUGACACCAGAAGCCGUUGGACUGGUUUAGUGACCGCUGGGUGCCGCCUGUGGGUGAAAACACGGAAGAGUUCAUUCAAGGAAUUUAGUAUGAGAGCUGUAGGAGCGCGUUUCGACUCACUCUCAGAACAAGCCAUCGGCACAGGCAAAGAAGGUCCCAUGAAACCGAACGGAUCAAACAAAUCGCUGUUCCGCCGCGGCUAAAAGCUGAGAUGUACGGAAACGGCAAACUUUAUGGAAUUAUCCUGAUUUAUUCCUCACUUUCCAGGAUUGUAUGUGGCGAGAAAUCGGAUAACGCCUGUGGUCACACUAUCCAAGGGCCGGACAGUGGUAUCCUCUCGUCCCAGAACUACCCAGGCACCUACCCCAACAACUCCCUCUGUGAGUGGAGGAUCAGCGUGCCCAAGGGCAACAGCAUCACCAUCAAAUUUGCAGACCUCAGCAUCGAGUCCCGGGACUGUGACUCCGACUACGUCCGGAUACUGCAGGGCUCCGGUAGGGCCGAGCAAGUUCCUGCCCUAGUGUUGGGUCCAUUUUGCGGUGACCUGAAAUCGGCCCCCUCACUGCUGAAGUCCCUCCACGUGGAGGCUAGUGAGAUCCGGGUGCAGUUCCGCAGUGGACAGCACAUCUCAGGCCGAGGAUUCCUGCUGUCCUACGCCACAGGGAACCGCAAAGAUCUGCUUACAUGUCUGGACAAAGGCAACCAUUUCUCAGACGCUAAGUACAGCAAGUAUUGUCCAGCUGGAUGCAGAGCUGUGGAUGGUGACGUGUCUGGGGACAUCUCGCAGGGCUACAGACAUACAUCGGUGCUCUGUAAAGCAGCCGUCCAUGCUGGGGUCAUCUCGAAUGAACUCGGAGGGGACAUCGUUGUGGAGGAGCAGAGUGGCAGGAGCCACUACCCAGCGGUCUGGGCCAACGGGAUCCUGUCCCAAGACGGCUCUUUGUCUGAGAAGCUCUUCACGUUCGUCACCAAUGACUGUAAGAAGAGGCAGGUGGUUCUGCAGCCGGUGGCGCUGAAUGCCAGCUCUGGGCAGAGGAGUGGUGGCGUUGGGGACGGGCCGCCAGCUCACUGGUCCCCCAACGACACAGACCCUGCUGCCUCUAGUGCGCUGUGGACCCCUGACAGUAGCCACACUGGCCAACCGUGGCUACAGCUGGACCUGGGGGAGAAGAGGAGGAUCACAGGAAUCCUAACGGCAGGUUCCCCCUCCGCCGACCACUAUGUGAGAAGCUACAAGGUGGAGUACAGGGAGAGGAACCGCUGGAAGGCGUACACUCAGAACAACAGCUCUGAGCCCACGGUGUUGGAGGGGAACGUGGACAGCCACCAGCAGACGCGGAGCACCCUCCAGCCAUCCAUCGUGGCACGCCACCUGCGCCUGCUGCCCCAGGCCUGGAACCAGCGCGUGGCCAUGAGGGUGGAGCUGCUGGGGUGUCCAUAUGUGAAGAGCCCUCCUGCUGUGACGGUCAUCGUGUUGGAGAACACUGUGAACUCAUCCUCUCAGGUCACCCUGGAGACGCUGGACACCAAACCCAAACCUGCAGGGGAAGAAGACCGCAACACUGAACAUCAGCCCAUCGACACCUCUCCUCUGAUCGACCUUGUGCGGUUGGUGAUCAUCAUCGUGGCGGUAGCCGUGCUGGUCCUGAUGCUGCCGGUGUGUGUCUGUGUGUACAAGGCCCUGCACAAGAGGAAGAGCAAGGAGAGUGGCUAUGGAUCCUCUGAAGCACAACAUACAGGCUGCUGGAAGCAGAUCAAGCAGCCGUUUGCACGGCACCAGUCCACUGAGUUCACCAUCAGCUACAGUUCGGAGAAGGAGCCCAUCCAGAAGCUGGACCUGGUCACCAGCGCCAUGGCAGCGGAGUAUCAGCAGCCCCUGAUGAUCGGCACGGGCACCGUCAGCAGGAAAGGCUCCACCUUCAGGCCCAUGGACACAGACGCCAAAGAGGACGGCAGUGACGGGCCCUCGCACUACGACUUCCUGAAGACCGCCAACCAGUACGCCCUCCCCCUGACCAAUCAGGAGCCGGAGUACGCCACGCCAAUCAUCGAGAGACACGCCUUCCGCAAGGAGGCCUUUGUGCCUGACCCCAGCUACAGUGUGCCGGGGGCGGUCCUCAGCAACACCCCGUCCUUCAAGGCCACGGAGAACGGGGUGUGCCGCAACAAGGGCGGGGCAGCUCACGUGGGGGGCUACCAGACCCCCCAGGCCAAAGUGGACCGGCCCAACCACUCGGAGGGGGUCUACGACAGCCCCAAAGUCCGGCGGCCCGCGCCGCUCUGUGCGGCGGCCAUCUCGAACUACCAGAGGCCACAGGCCAAGGCCUCAGUGCUGGAGUGCUACUCCACCCCACGCGACUGUGUCCGACUGGGGCCGCCCUCCCCGCACCGGCCCGACCCCGAAGGCAGCUCGGACCCCCCCACGCAGAGCGGAACCUAACUGUGACCUCCCUGUGGACUGCUUUCACACUGACCUCAGCAAAGCCCUCCUACUAAGUUAUUUACCAUUUUUCUGUUGUUGACAUUGUUGUUUUUGGGGUGAGGUGCUCUGAUAGUUUGAAUAUGUUCUUGCCCCAUCUUGGGACUCUAAGGACUGGCCUCUUGGAUGCCUUGCAGGUUUUUCAAAUCUGUCAUGACAUCUGAAAUUCUGUAUAUAAGUUUUAUUCCUUCAGACUAAAGGUUGAACAUCUCAAAUGUUUUUUGAAUGUUUUAUAUCUCUGUAUGGGGCAUGGUGACAUUUAUUUAAUGCUUACUUUCAGGAGCAGAGGAAAUUGUCUUAAUAUUUGUUGUGAUCUUACACUAAGAUGUCCAAAAGCGGUCCCUUCUUCUCAAGAGAAACUGUGACUUUGUGUCUGUUUGUGGCUGUUGUAUUUUUUUUUUCUCCCAGCCUGUUUAGAAUGUGAACAGUCAUCGCCCUGAUCUACGGGUGUAAAAAUAUCUGCAUCACUCAGGAGCAAGGCUGGAGGGCUGUACCCUAGCCGGGUCAGAAGGGGUGUGUGUGUGUGUGUGUGUGUGUGUGUGUGUGUGUGUGUGUGUGUGUGUGUGUGUGUGUGUGUGUGUGUGUGUGUGUGUGUGUGUGUGUGUGUGUGUGUGUGUGUGUGUGUGUGUGUGUGUCGCUUUGUGAGCUGGUUGAUUUGUGAGUCCUGAGCGAGCUUUGCUGGGGGCAGAUUUAUGUGGUGCUGUGGUCUUUUAACAGAGCACGCACAUGUAGCCAGUGCUCUUGUUUUGAGGAAGACUUAUGAGCGUCCCUCCCCUUGUGCAGACACACACACACUGAGGUCGCUCUGACAAAAGUGUGUGUGUGUGUAGGAUCAUCACUCCUCUGCCUCAAUGCCAGUUUUGUCAGGCAUCAUUAGGCAGUUCCAGAGCUGCACGCAAUGACUGAGUGUGUCUGUAUUUGUGUGUGUGUGUAUGUGUGUGGUCAAAGGAAAUGUGCCUACAAUGGGUCAGCUAGACCACACACACACAUACUUAACCCAGUUUGUUCUUCUGGUUUAUUCAGUAUGUGCUUCAUUUGUAAUGUGUGAAUUGAACUAAGCCAUGAUGAAUGGCUCUUCACAAGGAGUUUGAUCUCAAAAAAGAAAUGCUGUCCUGUUAUGUUUUUACACACCUGUCAACCUGGUGAAGCUGCUUUUGUGUGUGUGUCUGGGUUGAGCAAGAAGACCGAGGUGAACUUGUGUGUGUGUGUGUGUGAAGAACAGGCUUUGGGAUGACUUUAUGGCUUAAUUUCUGUGAAAUGCUGGGAGAAAUGUGAUGAGGGUCAUAAAAGAGUCAACUACUUCCA